GAUUCAAAAUACCGGCAGGACAACCUGCAGCUCAGUUCUCCCAUUAAGCAGCAGGGAUAUAAGGGGAGAGAGAUAAGACGGAAAAAUGUGAAAGUGUUCAAUUCAGUGGCAGAUCUUGGCCACCCUGUGUGCCCCUCCAAAAUUUUCAUUGGAAAUUUGUAUUACUGAUACUCCGAUUGCCAACGCUCCUGAACGCAACUUCGUUCUCCGACUGCACUUGAAUGCACCAAUGGCGUUAGUUUGAUGAUUUGAUUGUAUUUCGUUUGGAUUUGAAGAAGCUUUGAAGACGUUUCCUGAUGGAGGAGAAGACGAGCAGCUUUGUACCGUUGAGCUUUCUUUCACGUCCGAUCGCUCCCGACCCGUUUUUUGUUGAUGUUUUUGACCCUUUUUCUGAGCUUUGACCGAUGCGAGAACAUGAAGUACAUCAUCGACAUCGGCGGCGUAACCGAUGGAGGGAAAACCAGCCUCACCAACCGUCUGAUCAAGAACCUGCCCAACUGCUGCUGGUCCAUCAGGAUGACUUCUUCAAGCUCCAAGAUCAGAUAGAAGUUGGUGAAGAUGGCUUUAAGCAGUACGAUGUCAUCACUGCUCUGGACAUGGACGCCAUGAUGAGGAGGAUCUACGCGUGGCUGGAGAACCCGGUGAAGUUUGAGAAGUCUCAUGGCGUUAAUAACACCCUGGACACAGAGAUGGUCCUGAAGGAGGAGGAGGAGACUCACAUCCUCACUGUGGAGGACUUCCUGCUUCACACCUACAGGCCUUUGAUGGAUGUGCUAAACCACCGUUACUUUAUUUCCAUCCCAUAUGAAGAAUGCAGAAAGAGGCAUAUAGCUAUACAGACAUAUAGCUAUCGCACUAAUUCAGGUUUGAGAUUAUGAUGUUCCAGAUCUUUGCUUUAACACAUUUUCUCAGACUGGACCACUUUGAAUUUUAGUUGAAUACUCGACUGGAUUGCAAUAUUUUUUUUUUCCAACUUGCCAACACGUUUGUAUAGGUCUCGAGGGAUGUUUUUGAAUUUUUGUUCUGAAAAUCCGACCUCUCUGUCAGUUUUUUGUCGUUCAAAAAUUAGUGCUUGAUUCAGUCGACCGAUAACGUCGUGGGCCGGUCUGGGCUGAUUUUCUGCCCCGGUCCACCCCUGGUUUGAAAGGAAUCUUGGUUCUGGAUGGUUCUGGUACAUUUUUGGUUUUGCAAAGAAUUUUUUUGUUUGUUUUUUGCAUUUUUAGUAAUUGUUUUUAAAAAAUUCAAAAAUAAUAAAUAAAUACAAAGUAAUUGACUGUGAUGAUUAAGGAACUCAAAAGCCACACCAAAGACUCAGUCAUUUACUGUUAAAGAUAAAAUAAAUCACUUUUUUUUGCUAAA